AAAAUAUUAGGGGUCCUACUAGUAGCAAGACGCAGCCAGCCAGGACAGAAAGGGAAAAAGAGAACACGCUCUGAGUACUUUGGAGUAAGUAAUUAGCUAGCUAGGUAGUCAACGGAGUUUCUCUUUCUUUCAGGUAAAGUGUUUUAGUAAGGAGUUACUUGAUCGGUUGUCUGCAUUUAUAUGAAGUUGUGCUUCCAGCCGUGAUCAUUAUUUUAAGAUAAUGGCUCCAACUAUACAGACACAAGCCCAGCGAGACUCAGAUGGUGACAGGUAAAUAUCCUCUCCGAUUUAUCUUCUUUGCCGCAACUAGCUAACGUUAGCUAACCUAGCUAAUGACGACAAGGCUAGUUAAAGAUCAUCAUAAUUUACAUAUGUUCUGAUUGUCCCGUCAUAAGUUAAAAUAUUGAAAUGGGUGCUGUGUUACUUCCAAUUUAUUCAGUCUCAGCAGAGUGUGUAGCUAACAACACUUGUUUUUUCUCUCCACAUGUCUAGGAGUUCAUCACACAGAACUGUUCCAGAGAGGUAUGCAUGCAUGCAGUUUCUUUGACAUGUUUCAACCAAACAGAGAUUCAGUUACAAUUCAAGUUAUUGUGUGUUGUUAAAUGCAAAGGGGAGGGCUGGAGAUAUAAUGGACAGAUCAAAACCCAUAUGACCAUUAGGUAGUUAUCUCUUUGGGUUAUGAGGAUAUGUGGCAUUAGUGGUUGAUAGAACAUUUUUUUGAUGACUACUUCUUCUCUAUACAUUUUUUAAAUGUGUGCUUCUAUGUUUGUCCCAACCAAUCUCCCAGGUCUGGAGUGGUCUGUCGAGUAAAGUACUGCAACAGCCUGCCUGACAUCCCAUUUGAUCCCAAAUUCAUCACAUAUCCAUUUGACCAGCACAGGUAAACACCCUUGUUCCUACCAAGUUCCUUCUGCUAUAAAGGUCAUUCCAAAUGUUGGUAUGUCUAUUUAAUGUAUUGUAGCUUUUAUUUUCUAAGCCUUCUUCUAUAAAUACCGUACUGUAGCUGACUGAUGUGACUGGAUGUUGCUCUGUCUGAUGUUGACAGGUUUGUGCAGUACAAGGCUACAUCGUUAGAGAAGCAACACAAACAUGAGCUGCUGACUGAGCCUGACCUUGGCGUCACCAUCGACCUCAUUAACCCAGACACCUACCGCGUCGACCCCAGCAGUACGUUUCUGAACCACAUACACAGUUAUACCACACAGUCAGUAUAUUUUUGUGGUGGUUACUUGAAGCUUGUGUAGUAUUGAAUUAGAAUCGUCCCAUCCUUAUUUUUCUAGUUCUUCUGGAUCCAGCUGAUGAGAAGUUAUUGGAAGAAGACAUCACAGCUCCAUCCAGCUCGAAAAGGUUUGGAUACAGACUGUGUACCAGUCAACACAGUAUCUGUGUGACAAAAUUCAACUAAAAUGUUAAGAAUGACUUGGAAUCUGUGUUAUGAGCCGUUUGUUUGUUUUCCUGUAGAUCUCAGCAGCACGCCAAGGUGGUCCCGUGGAUGAGGAAGACUGAGUACAUCUCUACAGAGUUCAACAGAUAUGGAGUCUCCAAUGAGAAAGUGGAAGUCAAGUGAGUGUGACCUAACAGGCUAGCUAACCACCACAUUCAGCAUACACACUUCCCAUUUUGUAGUGUUUUCUCUGUUUGUCCCACCCCUUCUAUAACCUAUGUGUUCUGUCCUUAGGAUCGGUGUGUCUGUCAAACAGCAGUUCACAGAGGAGGAGAUAUACAAGGAUAGGGACAGCCAGAUUGCUGCUAUUGAAAAGACCUUUGAGGAUGCACAGAAACCGGUGAGAGUGCCCCGUGUUUGGCUCUGCACAAUUUAUUGUGCUAUAUUCAGUCCAAAUAGGUAUUUCAGUAACAACAUCAAAGUCAAUGUCCAGCUACACAGAGAUCACACAGUUCAUUGUAUGUUCCUUCUAAUAUGAUUAAUUCCAUCACGAACAAAGUUAUUGUACAGAUGUCAGAUCUUAAUUGUACCUAUAUUGUCGCAGCAAAAUAAUCCUGCAGCAACAGGAUUUUUAUGUUUAGUCCAUAAUGUUGCUUGAUUGGUGGUUAGGCUAUUAGCUGGUCAAAAUGAGGCUACAUGAAAAGUGGUACACUGUUAAUAUAGCUGUAUAAUAUAACAGGAGAAUUCUCAGCAACAAAAGCGAUCAAAUUAAGAUCCUACAUCUGUACAUCACACACUGUGUUCCUCCUCUUCCCCCAGAUUGCCCAGCACUACAGUAAACCCAGAGUCACUCCUGUGGAGGUGAUGCCGGUGUUCCCUGACUUCAAGGUGAGCAUCCAAAACACUCAACAGGACAUACAGUACCAUUGUAUUGGUCUUGGCUACCUAUCUGCAUUAUGCCCAUGGUCUUUGUUUCUGGGGAGUCAUUGGUUCCUGUAUCUGUUCCAAGCUGGAUGCGUUUAGCUGUUGUUGUCUAGCCCUAGUGUGUUUUGGUAAAGAGUAAGCAUUUGUGUGUUCUGUUCUCUGCUCCCCAGAUGUGGAUCAACCCGUGUGCUCAGGUAAUCUUCGACUCUGAUCCUGCUCCUAAAGACAUGUCAGCACCCCAGGGUGUGGAGAUGAUGUCACAGGCCAUGAUUAGGUGAGGAGAACAUUGCCACAUUGUGUCUUUGAUUUUCUGUGACCGUCCUGCACUAUGACAAUUUACAUAAUGUUCUGAAUUGUUCAUUGUUGUGCCCUGCAGAGGUAUGAUGGAUGAGGAAGGAAACCAGUUUGUGGCCUACUUCCUUCCCAAUGAGGAAACGAUUCGCAAGCGCAAGAGAGACGUGGAUGAGGAGCUGGACUACAUGCCUGAUGAUCUGUGAGUAAUCCAACAAGCAUUUACACUAACCUUGAGUAGACAGGACACACCAACAAUGAUACUGAUAUAUUAACUAUACUAUCUCUAUCAAUAAUAUUCAGUUUUCACGUUGUCAUUGUCUACUUCCUCACACCUACUUGGUUCACCUUGUCCAAGUACAGAACGUGUAUGAUGUUGGAAUCUCUGAAACACACUUACUGUAACAUUGAACUAGAUGUGAUGAGGGUGGUGUGUGUGUGUGUUCUAGGUAUGACUAUAAGAUAGCCAGGGAGUACAACUGGAACGUGAAGAACAAAGCCAGCAAGGGCUACGAGGAGAACUACUUCUUUAUCUUCAGAGACGGAGAUGGAGUCUACUACAACGAGCUGGAGACCAGGUAACCACUGGCCAGGGUGGGGGGUCUCAUAGUGGGGUCUGUUGGGUUUACUUUAACAGCAGGUGACGUGGGAUUCUCUUGGAUGAGAUAGUCACAUUGUUCUGGUAGAUUUGUAUUUGCUAGGGUGGGUUUAGUUUGUUUGUUUUGGCCUGAGGACACGAAACCUGUGAAGGUUGUUGUUCUUACUGUGUUGUCCUGGAUUGCAGAGUGCGGCUGAGUAAGAGGAGAGCUAAGGCUGGAGCCCAGUCUACUACAAAUGCUGUGCUGGUGUGUAAGCACAGAGACAUGAAUGAGAAGGAGCUGGAAGCACAGGUGAGACUGCUAAUCAGGCACUCCUUUGCUGUUUUCUACACUGUGCAUUACUUUCAAUCUGUAAACUACUGUGUUUACUUAAUAAGUGGACUUCAACACUGAUAGAGAUGUGCAUGUAGUACUGGACAUAAGCAGAGAAGUAUACAUUUGCAGACAUCUAAAUAAUCCAAGUAAUAAUGACAUCCGUCUUUGUGUCCAUUAGGACGCGCGUAAGGCUCAGCUGGAGAACCAUGAACCGGAGGAUGAAGAAGAGGACAUGGACUUGGGUAAACUGCAGGACUCUGGUCAGUCUCCCCCCUCUCUGUCCUCCCCAAUGUUUACUACUGUGUCUGCAGAGGCUAUUUGUUUGCCACUGCUUCUUAGAUCCAUAUGAACUAAUUGUCUGUAUCUGUUUGUCUCCAGGUGAUGAGAAGGAGAAAGGCAGCGAGAGCGAGGGAGACAACUCUGACAGUGACUCUGACAGGGAGGAUGAGGAUGGAAAGCGGAGUGGAGCUGAGGAUGAUGAAGAGGAGGGAGCGAAGCGGAGGAGGAAGGCCAGUGGUAGCGGCAGUGAGAGUGGUGAGGAGGAGAUCAAGCUGGCGGAUGAGGUGGAGAUCUUCGGUAGCGAUGACGACAGUGAUGACGAUGACAAUGAGCCCAAGAAUGGAGCAGCCCAGAGCAGCGGGGAGGAGGGCAGUGGGAGCGAGGAGGAGGAGAAGGAGAGCCAUAGGGAGAGGAGAAGGAGUGGCAGCGCGUCUCCGGCCCACAGUAGCGGUAGUGACCACUCAGAGGGCGGCCGCGCCCAGAGCGGGAGUGGUAGUGAGCAGGCCUCAGACUCCAGCGACGGCAGUGACAGUGAAUAAAAGCCUUCUUACUGUGACAACACCGGCACACCAUGCCUCACCCCCGAGCUCCAGCCAGCCCAGGCUAACGAGCCCCACCCUCAGAACAGCCCUGUCUUUACAGAGUCAGUCUGAGGCCAGCAACUCAUUCCUGUUGAGAGUUAGUCUGUCUGCUACUUUUUUAGGAGAGACACAACCUUUUAAGCGACUUCUACAAGGCUUUUGGGUACCUGUAAAUGCCAGUUACUCAAAUGUCAGACUUUAGCUCAUAGAUAUAGCUGGAGCCACUAUCUUAGUAGUUUUUAACAAAAUUAUUUCCUACCAAGAACAUAUUUCGUUUGUUAUUUUAAGCUGUUAUUUUGUUAUUUUAAGUCUUAGUUUGUCUUUAUGGUUUGUCGAUUUCUCACUCAAUAUGAGGCACUUUCAUAAAGUGGUGUGAAAAGCAGAUACACUUUUUUUCUGUUGAAUUUUCUUGUGUGCAUAAAUCUGUUUAAAAUACGUUUUUCUUUGUCCUUAGCAUUUGAGGAUGCAAUGCAUUAUAAAUGUAAUUGGAACAGCCAAUAAAAUGCAGGAUAGUUUUGUAAGGAA